AUUCGACUCCGCCUAAAGCCCUAAACCCGUCUCGCCCUUCGCUCAUCUAGCGCCGCCGCCGCCGCCGCCGCCGCGACGCGAUGGCCGCAGCCGCAGUGCUCCGGAGCCACGGCUCGCGCCGCCUCCUCUCCAUCCCCACCCUCCGCGCUGCCGUGAUCCCGGGCCCCGCGGCGCUCCCGGAUGCGCAGGCCGCGGCGCCGCAGCAGCCGCCGCCGCCUAUGGCUGGAACCCUGUGGGCGAGGUCCAUGGCCACCUUCACCCGCACGAAGCCUCAUGUGAACGUCGGCACCAUUGGGCACGUCGAUCAUGGCAAAACUACCCUGACUGCUGCGAUUACGAAGGUGCUAGCCGAGGCUGGGAAGGCCAAAGCGGUUGCUUUUGACGAGAUCGACAAGGCACCGGAGGAGAAAGCAAGAGGAAUCACCAUUGCAACGGCUCAUGUGGAGUAUGAGACUGCUAAAAGGCAUUAUGCUCAUGUGGAUUGCCCAGGGCAUGCUGAUUAUGUCAAGAACAUGAUCACUGGAGCUGCUCAAAUGGAUGGUGGUAUUCUUGUUGUGUCUGCUCCUGAUGGUCCUAUGCCACAAACAAAAGAGCACAUUCUUCUUGCUCGGCAGGUUGGUGUGCCGUCACUUGUAUGUUUCUUAAACAAAGUCGAUGCUGUUGAUGACCCUGAGUUAAUAGAACUUGUGGAGAUGGAGCUUCGUGAGCUCCUCAGUUUCUACAAGUUUCCUGGGGAUGAGAUUCCAAUCAUCCGUGGUUCUGCUUUGUCAGCCUUACAAGGAACUAAUGAUGAGAUUGGAAAGAAUGCCAUUUUGAAACUAAUGGAUGCAGUUGACGAGUAUAUCCCUGAUCCUGUGAGGCAGCUUGAUAAGUCUUUCUUGAUGCCAAUAGAAGAUGUUUUCUCUAUCCAGGGCCGUGGCACCGUUGUGACAGGGCGUGUUGAGCAGGGGACAAUUAAAACUGGUGAAGAUGUUGAGAUCUUAGGUUUGACUCAAAGUGGUCCCUUGAAGACUACAGUUACAGGUGUUGAGAUGUUCAAAAAGAUACUGGAUCAUGGAGAGGCUGGUGACAAUGUCGGUCUUCUUCUUCGUGGUCUUAAGCGUGGUGAUGUACAACGUGGCCAGGUGGUGUGCAAACCUGGUACCGUUAAGACAUACAAAAAGUUUGAUGCAGAAAUCUACGUCCUUACAAAGGAUGAAGGUGGUCGUCACACAGCCUUCAUGUCAGAUUACAGUCCACAAUUCUACUUCAGGACUGCUGAUGUCACUGGAAAAGUUGUGUUACCUGAAGGCAAAAUGGUUAUGCCUGGUGACAAUGUAACUGCAGGUUUUGAGUUGAUAUCACCGGUUCCGCUUGAGCCAGGCCAAAGAUUUGCACUGAGGGAAGGAGGAAGGACAGUUGGUGCAGGAGUUGUUUCCAAAGUUAUCGAGUGAUCUGUUUCCAUUUUAUUCUGCGUAGUGAUUUUAGUGACAAAUUAGUGUUCAUAGGGAAUCAAAGAUUAUCCGACCGGCAACAUGUGAAAGCGAAGACGCUGAGCAUCUUCUCUGAAUACAUGAGGUGCAGGGAUGGUUGGCUUGGCCACCAUUCUGAACUAUUUCCUUUUCUUUUCCAUGUCUGUCGUUGUUGCUGUAUAACAACGAGUUUAGUCAUCUUAACACGUUUUUUUUGGCCAAUAGCUUGGUAACUAAAUAAGAAAAAAUUCAUCAUUAGCAUCU